AUGCAACUUGAAAACGCGCUAAAAAUACUGAAAAACGUGGAAAAAUUGAGCGAAGAUGAGGUGGAAAAAUAUGUGAAAAUGUUGGUGACAAAAAUUGAAGGUGAGUUGGAUCUUGAGGGGAAAACUAUAUACCGGAAAAAAUCCCAAUUUAUUUUCCAGAUAAAAUCGAAAAUCGUGAACUGGCUGAAGCAAUUUGGAGCAUUUUCAUUUUCGCAGCUCGAGAACCUCAAAAAUCCACACAAAUUUUCCCGCCAAAUUUCGAUUUCCUUUCAAGAAUAUUUGAAAAAUAUCAAAAAAAUCUGCUCGAAACUCUUCAAACAAUGAAUUGGGAAUAUCCAGAAAUAGUGGAUUUCAGUUGGCAAAUUGCCAAAUCAGAAAAAUGCUCGAUUUUUGGAGGACAACCAAUGGCAUAUGCACCUUUAACAACUACAGUAACCCUAGAAACAUUGGAGGCCGGACAUUUGGAAUCGCAGAAAAAUGCCGUGAAAUUGAGUUUUGAUGAAAUGCAAUUGACGGAUUUUUUGUGGAAAUUGAAAGAAGCUGAGAAUUUUGCACAAAAUAUUUUGGAAUAA